GCGUGCGUCACAAAGCGGUUUCUCGGCGCCACUACGCGCGGGAAGAUGGCGGAGCCAGUUACCAAGUCCGUGCUGUUUGUGUGUCUGGGUAACAUUUGUCGAUCACCCAUUGCAGAAGCAGUUUUCAGGAAACUUGUAAGUGAUCAAAAGAUCUCAGAGAACUGGGUCAUUGACAGUGGUGCUGUUUCUGACUGGAACGUGGGCCGGUCCCCAGACCCAAGAGCUGUGUGCUCCCUAAGAAAUCAUGGCAUUCACACAGCCCAUAAAGAAAGACGGAUUACCAAAGAAGAUUUUGCCACAUUUGAUUAUAUACUAUGUAUGGAUGAAAGCAAUCUGAGAGAUUUGAAUAGAAAACGUAAUCAAGUUAAAACCUGCAAAGCUAAAAUUGAACUACUUGGGAGCUAUGAUCCACAAAAACAAUUUAUUAUUGAAGAUCCUUAUUAUGGGAAUGACUCUGACUUUGAGGCGGUGUACCAGCAGUGUGUCAGGUGCUGCAGAGCGUUCUUGGACAAGGCCCACUGAGGCAGGUUCGUGCCCUGCUGCAGCCAGGCUGACCAGACCCCAUCCUGAGGCCCUGCGUUUCCCAGUCAGUGUGUAAUAAUGUUCCAGAGCCCAAAGGCCCAGCUCUUUGUUCAGUUGACUUACUGUUUCUUACCUUACAAAAUAAUUCUAGGUGGAAAUCAGUUGUGAUUGGCAGAAGAAUAAAUAAAAACCUUUGACUCAGACAGUU